UGAUUUUGAAUCCAUGGGGUCUUACUUGUCAUAUUUCAUGAACUGGCGGUGUUUCGACCUUCUUCUGUUGUGUGUAAUCUGAGAGUUCCGCAGUGUGUCGUGCUGGGGGAUGUCUUUUCGAUGCUUAGGCUGAGUUGUACACUUAAGAAUUGUGAGGUGACUAGGUUUCGUGUUGCACCCAGGUGUGCUUAUUCGGUUGAUUUUCUGAGAAGGAUAAGUGAAGGACGUUGACGUUGGACAACAGUUUUGCGCAACUUGGUUUCGAACAAUACAAGAGUGUGAAGUCUCCUCGGCACUUCUAGUCCUGUGGCAAGGCAUGACUAGGUUUUUAAGAAUGUGAGGGGCAGGAGUUAAAGGCGACUUUCCUUUGUACAUAUGAUCAUUUUUGCUAAUGAACUUACUCGCUUUUCUAUUUUUGAGUUUGUGUAUUGAAACCAGUCAGAUUGAUGGGUUUUGAAUGACGAAAUCAGUUUUCUGGUGUGGAUCAGUCAAACUUACUUUAAAUUUGACAUACAUUUUAAGUAUACCAUCAACUUAUCAUGCAAAGAAUUGGGCGUUUCAUGUGCUUCUGCUAUCUCGUACCUCUAAUGGCAAUGAAGGUUGGAAUUGUUCAUAGUUCUGGAUUUGAUUGGGUAAGUUGAUAUGUGUCCAUUGCUGCAGAAGUUUCCACUGUAAUGGAUGAUGGGGCUGUUUGCCUUGUUGACUACCUCAUUGUAGGUACUCGGCUAGUGCUAUGUUUAGAUUGGCAUCAAGUCCUUACUGUUACCAAGGGCAGCAGCUGUUUCUUUCUCAUGUGAGAGGAGAGGCAUUGUUCUGAAGGAUACUAAGAAUUAGCCCUAGAGAGUAGUUUACAAUGAUAAUGCCGAGGUUUACUCCUUCAGCGACGCGUCAUAAUUCAUCAGCACUUAAUAUGGAGUUUCUGUUAAAGAGUUGAAGAAUAUACGAAGAGUGCAACGGCUUGGAGGUGAAGUUGCUGGAUGACCCACAUAUUCACUCCUACACCUUCGACUAUCUCUCUGAAUUAAGUUUCCACAUAACCACGGCAUGGAAAGCAUUAGGAAAGUUUAAGAUACAUUGCGUGAUUCUGUGAUAUGGCUGAUGGAUCUUACGGGUCAAGCAGUAGAGCCAAUAUGGCUUGCUUUGUUAUCAUACUUUCGACAAAUGUGGGAUUAUUUCGGAUUGAUGCUGCACCUGUAUCUUGCACCCGACGAGCGAUUAGGACGCGAAGCAGUCGACAUCUUCCUUAUUGGGACGGUUCCUUCUUUCUUACUAAGGAGUACAUCAGCACUAUUACUGUUAGGUGUUGUUCCUGGGUUCAUUGCAGGCCUAGGGUUGGUGGCAUUCAGCCAUUGCCAAACCAGCCGGUCACACAAGCGUCGAAUGAAAACAGGCCUUAUUCACAUGAUAUCUGAAAUGAACAAGGACGACUACUGGUCCCUGUUUCCAAAAUCAGUACUUCCUCGAUGGAUUGAAUUCAGUGACCUCGACAAGGCUGGUUAUCAACGAAUCACAUUUUUCAGUUGUGCAGUUAUACGUAAAAUUCUGUGCACUUCGACCAACGUAUGUUGGCCGUGCUUUGGUCUAUUGAAUAUUGUGCAACCAGUGUAUAGUAUGGAAGGUCAUUUGCAUGUUUCUGCGAAAGUAAUGAGGCAGGCUUACUCAAAAAUGCUAAUGAAGCGCUGGGAGCCCUAUCUUGAUUCACACAAGCCUAGUUUCGUCAAUUUAGUCUCUUUCCAUGAGCUUACACUUGGAUCAGUUGCACCUCAAUUUGAAGGUUUGGCUCGAAUCAUGUUAAUCCUUUCCAGACUUUGCUUUUGUCAUUUGAGCAUCAUUUGUUGCCACAAUUUAACAAUUUUUCUGAGUUUGGAUCCGAAAGAGAUUUCAACUGAUGUGAACACACGAUGGUUUGGUAACGCAAGUUGCACACUAUCGGUGUCAACAAUAAUGGGCGUAUCUUUCCCUCUCCAGGUAAAAGAUAUACACAUAAAGGGUGUAUUUCGUUUUAUUUAUAAGCCGUUGGUGGACGAGCUACCUGGAUUUGGAGCUGUCACUUACUCAAUCAGGAAAAAGGCAUGCGGAAAUUAUUCAAUUUCUAUGAAUGCAUGGGCGGGCAUUGCUUAUAAGGAUGCUGAGUUAUGUACAAUAUUAGGGGCAUGGAGGAUGUUUCAGAAUGAACAGGCAUUUAUCUGGUUGAGAAUUCUGAAAUUUUUGUUUCUUUUCGGAAUUGUUGAAUCCGGGAGAGCGUCCUCAGAAGUGGAUAUGUUGUGCAAACCUUCUUGUACCCAUUUUGAUCCUCUGGAUGUGGGUGCAUACCAGCUCAUGGUUCAAUCUGCGGUGAUAGAAUCCUUAAGCUGGCCUAGUUUAUCCACUAGAUUCCGGCGCUUUUUGUGCCCACGAAGAAAUGCAGCGUUUUUUGCAGCACCAGGUGCGGGCGCAAAACCACCUCUUGGAAUCCUUGACCUAAGAUUGGUGCAAGGAAGGGACCUUAGGGACAGAGGAAAGCCCCCUGACCCCUUUGCUUUGGUAUACAUCCAUUCUAUUCCAGGGCAUAUAAGGAAGAGCAUGACUAAUAGACGCGAGAAUAAUCCGAUAUGGAAUGAAUUCUUUGAGCUGGAGUUUGAUGACUUGGAAGAUGGAAAAGUUAUGGUUGUUUUGCUCGAUGAAGCGGCCCCUCAAGAAUUUCAGGUGUUGGGUUACUGUCAAUUUUUCUUGCAGGAGGGACGAAUCACAGAACGAUGGCCAAAAAUUUACGAGGGUACGCAAUGUCACGGUAGCUUGCAUGACGGCAAGUACAGGGGACAGUUCGUGGGGAUAUUGACGGUCACAGUGGUACGUGCUGAGAACCUUCUUUCCACCGAUUUCCACCGCAAGAGUGACCCGUAUGUGGUUCUCUGCAUGAUCAAACAUAAGCGAUUGAGAAAGAAAACCACGGUUAUACACAGCAACUUGAAUCCAGUAUGGGACGAAAGCUUUGAAUUCCAGAUCGAAGAUGCCAGCCAAGAUAUGCUUCUUCUGCAUGUUUGGAACCACGAUUCGUUCGGCAAGGUUGUCCUUUUUCUUUGGCUGAAUCUUCUGUGCAAGGCUUACGGACUCAUCUAUAUACCUUGGUUAGCAUCCCAUUUGUAUGGACGCAACAUCGUUCUAUGCAGAAUAAAGAUGGGGCGAUAUGGUUGAUAUUC